GUGAGCCACACAAGAAUAACAAUAAUUGUUAUUUAAAAACAAAACAUUGUGCAGCAUUUGUUUUUAUAACUCGUGUACAAAGACAUAGUAAUAAAAAAAUAAUAUAAAAUUUACAAUAAAAAAUAUUUUUAUUGGUACAUUUUAUUGUGAGUGUGGAAGUGAAAAAUAAUAAUGGCUGUUUGGAAUCAGGACGAUGAUUAUCGUGUGUCUGUGGAGUGUAAGGCGAGCUCCGGUUUACAAGACUUGUUUGUAGACUUCGACCAAUGGGUGCUGAAAUUUCAGGGAAAAUUUAACCUCAGAAGGCUUCACCACGAGAAGGCAGACACCAGAAAAGAUCAAGAAACUGCUUCUCCCGUCAGACUUAUCGCAUAUCAACGUGACAACGACGUUAACAACGCACAACGCAUAACACUAGACUGUCAACGGUUAAAUACAACGUUAGAUGCGUCGCGCGCUUACUCCGACUACGUUUUGUUAAAACUUAAUACUGAAAAUGGAAUUAGAAGAAUUUUGAUCAAAUAUACUAAAUCUAAGCUGUAACUUUUGAGUUUUAAUUGA